AUGGGGAAGCCAAAGAGGCAAUCUGCCGGCAAGGCUCGGGAGCCAGAGUCCUUGAAUCCGCAGUCAUUUUCGAAUUUCACAGCCAAGAUCGAGGGAAAACUAGGCAAAUCCGUCAAAGACAACUCAACCGACAACAAGAAGCGCAAACAUAACUCGGACGAGCCAUUGGAGAGCUCGCACCAACGGAAAAGACACGCCCAUCGUCGCGACAAAUCCACGAGCGGGCGCGACGGCAUUAAGACUGAGGUGAAGGGCAAGAAAGGCGCGCCCCUCAACCGCGAGGAUCUUCUAGAGGAGAUCAGGGCCUUGGGAGGAGACGAAGAGGACCUGAAGCUCAUUGGAGACAUCGAUUCGGACGACGAGGAUGCCACCGGGGAAGCCAACUCCAGCGCUACUGUUGAUGGAAAGCUUCAGAAUGAGCUUGCUGCUUUCGCAGCCCAGCUCGGCCUCCAACAACAUCAUGAAGCAGCAACAGCUCAGGAUGUAGAAGAACACCCGGAGGAGGAGGAGACAGAGGAGGAAGAAGCGAGCGAGGUAGACGAAGUUGCUGAAGGCUAUGCCCAGUCCGCUCAGGAAGACACAGAGACCGAGGUCCAUGCACCGCAACAAUCUCCCCGUAAGGAUGUCAAAGAUACGGUCAAGAAGCAGUUCGUGAGCAGCCACCUGACCCAAGUUAUUCUCAAAUUCAUGCAUAUACUGACCUAUGCCCGCCAGAAAUUCGAACCUCGCGCUGAUUGGCACGGGGCGGAACUAGGCCAGCUCUCAGACCCUACAUCUCCCGAAGUGAAUGGUUUCCUUGGCGCCAUCAAUGCUCUCAAAGCUCAUGCAGUCACUCUUCUGGAGGCAGACGCGGCAGCGUACAAUAAGAGCGUUUUGGCAUCAUCUUCUCGAAAGUUCCUCUCCACCAUCAUGUCUUCCGGAACGCUCUCGGACAAAGUCUCUGCUCUCACCUUGGCAAUUCAAGAGUCACCGCUUCACAAUGUCAAGGCUUUUGAGUCACUCCUAGGCCUUGCGUCCAAAAGGAGUCGUGCUCAGGCUAUUGGUGCUCUUGGUGCUCUGGUUGAUCUCCUUGGUCCAGGUCUAGUUCUACCCCCUAAUAGGAGACUGCGCGCCUUUCAAACUCAACCUGGUCUCAUUGGAGCUCUGCAGCGAUCCUCUGUCAAGAAUUGGAACUCCAGCCAAGCCUUACCGGGUCGCUUAACGGAUGCACACCUCAUCCAGUGGGCUUACGAGGACUGGCUCAAGACAUCGUACUUCAAGAUCAUUCAGCUCCUCGAGGUCUGGUGCAAUGAUGAGAUUGAAUACUCUCGCACCCGUUCCAUCGACUUUGUCUAUGGCCUGCUUAAGGACAAGCCCGAACAAGAGACCAAUUUGCUUAGGCUGUUGGUUAACAAGAUGGGCGACAAGGACCGGAAGAUUGCAUCGAGAGUUUCGUACCUUCUUCUCCAGCUUCAGAACACCCACCCCGGAAUGAAGCAAGUUGUCAUUAAGGGCAUAGAGCAGGAAGUUUUACUCCGACCAGGCCAAACCUUCAGGGCCAAGUACCACGCCACGAACACUUUGAAUCAGACAAUACUGAGCAACCGCGAAGGUGGCACGGCAGAGGCACUACUCCGCAUUUAUUUUGAAAUCUUUGUUACUCUUCUCAACAGUUCCGCACUUGGCAAAGCACCUGCCGAAAGCCAACAGGAUCGUUCUUCCAAGGAGACUGGCGUCACAACGGAGACAGCUGAUAAGCUGGUCACCGCAGUAUUGACAGGUAUCAACCGCGCUGUGCCGUUCGUGGCCGAGCAAGACCCCAUCCUCGAAUCCCAAAUGGACACUCUUUUCCGAAUUGCGCACUCGACGAACUUCAACACGAGCAUUCAGGCGCUGAUUCUCAUCCAGCAAAUAUCCGUGUCAAGGCACCUGGCUUCCGACAGGUUCUACAGAACGUUGUACGAAUCCCUAUUGGAUCCGCGACUUGCCAACUCCUCUAAACAAGCUCUGUAUCUGAACCUGAUCCUCAAGUCUCUCAAGGCCGAUGUUGACACGAGGCGGAUCAAGGCCUUUGCGAAGAGAAUGUUGCAGAUUCUCAACUUACAUCAACCUGCUUUCGUCUGUGGCUUGAUAUAUGUGGUGUUCCAAUUGAGGACUCAGUUUCCCGACCUUAGAGCACUCCUUGAAGAACCAGAGGACAACGACACAGAAGAGGCGACUGGUCAGCCCUUGGCGCAGGAACAGCAUACAUCUGUUUCUAGAGGAAGUGUGUACGAUGGCCGCAAAAGAAACCCAGAGCAUAGCAAUGCUCAGAACAGCUGUCUCUGGGAAAUAAUACCUCCCCUCACUCACUUCCACCCGUCCGUGUCUCUACUGGCCGCAAGUCUAUUCUCAAAUGAGAAGCAGAUGGCCAAGCCCGACCUGGAGAGCCAUAGCUUGAUCAGAUUCCUCGAUAAAUUUGUGUACCGUAGCCCGAAGGCGGCAGAGACUGCUAGGGGAGCAUCAAUCAUGCAGCCGGUCCGCAAUCCUGAUUCCGGCAGCAUCUGGCUCGCGAAGAGAACUGGCUCAGGUGCAGCUGCGCCAAUCAACACGCCCAAGUUCUGGAACAAGAAGGUAGAUCAGGUCGCAGCGGAGGAUAUCUUCUUCCACGAAUACUUCAAGCAAGCGGGCAAAAAGGUCGAGGGUGGUAAGAAGAUCACUGAACAGUCGUCAUCUGGACCAGAUGAGGUUGCCGAGGACGACGCCGAGCAAGAGGAUGAAAUCUGGAAGGCCCUGACUGCCUCGCAUCCCGACGGCCCAAUCGAGAGUGACGACGACGACCUUGACAUGGAAGGAUUCGACGACAGCGAUGAAGAGUCUGAUGGCGGCGUCAUCUUCUCUGACGGCUCCGAUGCCGAACUCUUGGAUGUUGACGAAGAUGACGAAGACGACGAAGAUGCUGGCGAGCUCUGUGGCGAGGAAGGAGACGACGACGAGGCGAUGGAGGAUGAGGAGAGCCCUGAGCUAUCUGCAGUACCUGGAGAGGCCGAGGAAGCUAGCGAGAAGAGCAAGAGCGCUGCCCGAUCAUCCAGGAGGAAACUCAAGGACUUGCCUAUGUUUGCGUCGGCAGAUGAUUAUGCCGAGCUCUUGGCGGCAGAGGAGGAGGACAUGUAA